CACUUCAUGGCAAUGUCGCGUCGUCGCGACGCGCCGCGCUGUGUCGCUCUCCCGGUUCCACGUUGACGAAUUGACGACUACCCUGUUGACCUUCCACGUAGCACGCGGUACUGCUGGUAAUGGUGGUGGCCGUCACGUUAUGCCGGAGCGUCGUGCUGUAGAAUCAGUAUCGUGGUGAGUGGAUGUGAGGUCGAAUUAAUCGGUAUUCCUAACUGAAAGAGCGGUCGCCGAGCAGCGUGUCAAAAUGAAGAGAUUCAACGUUUUCCUAUUCGUGACCCUUUCGGCGUUCGCGCUUGCGGCGAAUACAGGACAUGGUGUUUAUGCUCAAGAAGAUGAGAAUAUUGAUGAUAUCGUUGAUGUGGAAGGUGAAGAAGGUAGUAUAAUAGCUGAGGAAGAAACAGAAGAGGAUACAAGCAAUGCUUCAGCUGAUGCUGAUACGACAAUACUUUUUACAAAACCUAUUCACAAUGCACUGUCUACUCUUGAAUUGCCAGCUGGAAAUAUAGUAGAAUUCCUUGUUGGUUUCACCAACAAAGGUGAAGGUGACUUUGUUUUGGAAUCACUCGAUGCUUCUUUCCGUUAUGCGAUGGAUUUCAAUUUUUAUAUUCAGAACUUCUCAACGUUUACAUUUAACAAGAUUGUAAAACCCAAGCACGAAGCUACUUUGGCUUAUUCCUUUAUACCAGCUGAAAACUUUGCUGGGAGACCAUUUGGUUUAAAUGUUAAUCUUAAUUACAGAGAUAUAAAUGGAAUUUCCUACAAUGAAGCAGUCUUCAAUGAAACUAUACAGAUUAUAGAGAUAGACGAUGGUCUCGAUGGAGAGACAAUUUUCCUUUAUGUAUUCCUCACAGCAUGUGUUAUAUUGACGCUUGUAGGAGGUCAGCAAUUAUUAUCAUCUCUAGGGCGCAAGUCGCGAUCCUCCACUACUCGAAAAGCACCAGUAGAAAUGGGCACAUCUAAUCCCAACAAUGUAGAUUAUGAUUGGUUGCCAAAAGAAACUCUUAACAGAAUCAAUAAGUCUAGAGGUAUGGUACCAAGGUUUUCAAAGCAAAGUCCAGGACAAAGAAAAGUUAAAAGAACAGCUGGUUCUGAUGACUGAAUUAUGUUAAUAUUUAUGUAUGUAUAUUAUUUAACAGUGACACAGAAGAAUCUGUAUUGUGCAAUUGCGAUAUUUUUAAAAACCAUCUACAGUUCCAUAGUCGAAGUUUUUAUUUAUGUUAAAAAAUAUUUUUCAUACACAAUUCUGAUUAGUAAUGUAGAUUUUGAAUUUUUAUUUGAAGCAAUAGGGAAAGUCGUACUCUGCUGAUACGUUUACUUCCCUAUGAUAUAUAUGUGCAUAUAAUGUCUCAGUACAGAGACAUAAUUGUACAAUGAUAUUCAAUAUUUUGCUUUAUUUGCACAAAAUUUGCAUAUGUAAUCACAUUGUACUUAGCAUAACAAAUUUUACUUUUCCUCCAAGAUAAACUUUUUUAUUUUUCUCUUUUUGUGCUACUGCGUCAUCACGAACAAGAUGAAUGUAUGCGUGCGUAUUGUAACAGAGGUGAAAAAUUGUGAUUAUUCUGUAAUUAUUUUACCAAUAUGCGAGUAUGUUCAAUAAAACAAUUUUGUAUAAAUAA